AUGAGUGCAGCGUUCAGUCCGUCCUUCAUGGUGAUGCAGCGGCCACUCGGAAGCACCACCGCCUUCAGCAUUGACUCUCUGAUCGGGGGGCCUCCGCAGCCCAGCCCGGGACACUUCGUCUACACCGGCUACCCGAUGUUCAUGCCGUACCGGUCGGUGGUGCUCCAGCCUCCUCCUCCGCCCCCCCCAUCCCUGCAGCAGGCUCUUCCCGCCGGACACCACCCUCACUCCCACCCGCAGAUCCCCAGCCUGCAGAGCGGCUUCUGCUCCAGCCUGGCUCAGGGAAUGGCUCUCACCUCCACACUCAUGGCGUCGCUGCCCGGAGGUUUCUCCCCGUCUCAGCAGCACCAGGAGGCGGCGAGGAAGUUCGGCUCUCAGGCUCUUCAUGCGGUGUUUGAUAAAUCACCGGAGCUGCGUCUGGAGGCGGAGGAAGGGAAGAGUUACCUGCAGGGGAAAGAGUCUCUGCAGGGUUUCCACGACACGGACAGCUCGGUGCCAUCAUCCACAGGUGCAGUCAGAGGACACAGUAAAGAAGACUCUAAGGAGGAUGAGUGCGGCAGGAAGGAUGAGAGCUUCUCCAUGGACAGUGAUCUGGACUACAGCUCUGAUGACAACCUGACCUCCAUGUGCCACAAAGAGGACGGAGACGGAGGAGGAGGAGGAGGUGAUGAUGGGCCUCACCUGCACGGCUCCGGUGGAGGAGGCUCCGGUGGAGGAGGAGGAGGAGGAGGCGGUGGCGGGAAAAACCGGCGGCGGAGGACGGCGUUCACCAGCGAGCAGCUGCUGGAGCUGGAGAAAGAGUUCCACUGUAAGAAGUACCUGUCCUUAACGGAGCGCUCACAGAUUGCGCAUGCGCUGAAGCUGAGCGAGGUGCAGGUGAAGAUUUGGUUUCAGAACCGGCGCGCGAAGUGGAAACGUGUGAAAGCGGGAAACGUGAACAACAAGUCCGGAGAGCCGUCCAGGAAUCCCAAAAUAGUGGUUCCCAUCCCGGUGCACGUGAGCCGCUUCGCUAUCAGGAGUCAGCACCAGCAGAUGGAGCAGACCAGACCGUAG